AGGUGUUUCAACCACGACCGCCAUGGGCGAUCGGCGGAUCUGCUUGAACCGCGGGAGACUGGAAGACCUUGAGGAGGACUUCUGUUCAAAUGAGGUGAAGACAUCGAAAUACACAUGGUUCACUUUCCUGCCGAAGAAUCUCUUCGAACAGCUGCACAAAUUCGGAAAUGUGUAUUUCUUGUUUAUCUCCAUAGUGAUGUACUUGGGUGAGACUACGCCUCUUUAUGUGGGCACCAUUCGAGCCUUCUCUACCCUGGGCCUUUUGGUCAUGAUGAUGGCAGUGACGGCUGCUGUGGCGCUCUAUGAUGACAUUCAACGAAAAAACGCAGACCUUCAGAUAAACAUGUCUGAUGCCAUUGUGAUGGAAGGUGAACGCCAGGUCAAAAAGAAGUUUAAGGACUUGCAGGUCGGCGACAUCCUUCUGGUCACAAAGGACCACGAAUUCCCAGCGGACACCGUGCCAUUGAUGUGCUCUGGAGAAGGUGGAAACUGUUACGUGUCCACUGCCAACUUGGAUGGUGAGACCAAUCUCAAGUUGAAGACCGCGCCCCAACUCACACAGACGGCACUGACCUCUGGUGGUGGCUUGGGUCGCGUAAGGGUGGAGAUUAACGCAGAGAAGCCCAAUGGCAAUAUCCAUGACUUCAAUGGAAACCUGUCGGUGGACAAGAAGAUGGCAUCCCUUGGGCCUAAACAGCUACUGAUGCGAGGCACAGUGCUGAGGAACACGGAUAGAUGCUUGUGUGUGAUAGUCUACACAGGCAAUGACACCAGGAUGGUGAAGAAUUCAAGGCCUGCACCCAUGAAGCAGUCGAAUUUGGAUCGUACAACCAACAGGGCUAUGUUGAUAGUUCUGUGUGCACAGACUCUGAUCUCUUUCGUUUGCUCUUUGUUGCACAUCCAGUUCAAGCCAAAGCAUCACUGGUAUUUGGAGGAAGAGUACAUCGUCCUGCCAGAAUGGCUUGGUUGGUGGUUAACCUUCUUCACGCUUUUCUCGAAUUUGAUGCCCAUCUCCCUGUACCCCACAGUGGAGUUCUGCAAUGCUUUCCAGUGUCGUGCCAUCCGGCAGGAUUUCAAGAUGAAAUAUACCUUCCCCGAUGGCGAAGAAUUUCAAGCUUGCACCAGAAGUACAAACUUGUCGCAAGAAUUGGGACAGGUUGGCUACGUCUUUUCAGACAAAACAGGCACUUUGACGCAGAAUGACAUGGUUCUAAGACGCCUCUCAAUUGGUGGCAAGAAAUACGGGACGUUCUUGUCCGAAGCGCCAAAGAUGCAGGACAAAGUGGAGGUACAAAGCCUUUUAGAGGAUGGCUUUAAUGGUGGCAAACAACUUGAGGCCGACCGAGCAUCGAGUCCCAGCAUCGAUCGCUUUCUGGAAAUCCUGGCGGUAUCUCACACCGUCAUGGCAACCAGCAAGGACGGCGAGUUGAUCUAUGAGGCCGAAAGCCCAGAUGAGUAUGCUUUGGUGAAGGCCGCAGCCAACGCCGGCUGGGAGUUCAAGUCUCGAAGGGGCACUGACCUCACCGUCUCAGUGCUGCACGCAGCUUCGCAAAAGGCCCAGGAUUCCACUUACACAGUGCUGGCAACCAAUGCGUUCAACAGCGCGCGAAAGCGGAUGUCCGUGCUGGUCAAGAAAGGCUCUGAAUACCUGCUCUUGGUGAAAGGUGCGGACAAUGUGAUGCUUGAACGAGCCGCGCAGCGAAAUCAAACGACCUUGGAAGCGCACCUCAAGGAAUUUUCGGAAGAAGGCCUGCGCACACUGGUGAUUGGCUGCCGCUCCCUUUCCGCGGAGGAGGCCAACAGCUGGCUGGCGCGCUAUCAGGAGGCGCAAAAAGCCACCAGCGACCGGGACGAGAAACUCGCGAACAUGGCGGAAAUUGUUGAGAAAUCAUUGGAGCUGGUUGGUGCCACGGCCAUCGAAGAUAAACUUCAGGAUGGAGUCCCCGAUACCAUCGAGCAGAUUCGGAAAGCUGGCAUCAAACUCUGGGUGCUCACUGGGGAUAAGUUGGAAACUGCCAAGAACAUCGGUUUCAGCACCAAAGUGCUCACCACGGACAUGGACAUCCAGAUCCUGGACGAUGAGCUCGGUACCGAUCUCGACUCCGUUGAAGCAUCUUGGGAUUGCCAUAAUAGUGAUGACGAAGAGGAGGAGGAGGAGGUCCUGCGCGGUCGCGGUCUUCUGGUGACGGGCAAAAUUCUCAGUCACAUUUGGAGCACCGAUGGAGACUACAAGAGGAAGCAGUUUCAGCGAGUCUCUACCAGUUGCGCUGUGCUGAUUGCCUGCAGAGUAAGCCCCUUGCAGAAGGCUGAAUUGGUGGAGUUCAUUCGCAACACCGUGGAACCUUCGCCUGUCACACUGGCCAUCGGCGAUGGAGCCAAUGAUGUGCCGAUGAUCCAAGCGGCACAAGUGGGCAUUGGCAUCGCUGGACGCGAAGGUCGGCAAGCCGUGAACAACUCGGACUUUGCCAUAGCCCAGUUCAGAUUUCUGGAGAGACUCUUGCUGCUGCAUGGUCGCUGGAACUAUAGGAGAGCUUGUAUGUUCACUCUCUUCACGUUCUGGCGAAAUAUGGUGCAGGUCUUGCUCAUUGUGCUCUAUACCUUGAUCUCCGGAUAUUCUGGGACCAGUCUUUUCGAAGACUGGAUUCGUCUCACUUUCAAUGGUGUUUGCACCAUGCCAAUUCUACCGCCCGGAUGUAUCGACGAGGAUUUCGAGGAAGACGAGAUUCUGAGACAUCCAGAUCAAUAUCAAGUCGGGCCGAAUUCUGAAGACCUCAACGCUCGCAGAGUUGUUAUGACGAUUACAGUGGCCAUUUUGCAUGCUUUGGUGAUUGUGGUGAUUACGCUCUUCGCAUUCCCUGCCCUGGAAUGCAGUGGAUCAGGCGAUUACUAUACCUUUGGGACCAUUUGCUACACCUGUUUGAUUCUGGAUGUCAACUACCGAGCAUACUUCCUCUCGAAUAAAAACAGCCGCUACUACACGAUGCUCACUGCAGUGGUUUCCUUUGGAAUGUAUAGCUUUUACCUGGUGGUCUACACUGUAUGGCAGUGGCUUUGUGACAAACUGACGCCCAAUAUGUACCACGUCCCUGCACACAUGGUUACCAAAAGUGCCUAUUUCUACAUUUGCAUCUUCGUGGUACCGUUCACAGCUUUUGUUUAUGAUACGUUCUUCCAUUGGUUGUACCAUCGAAUUAUAUCUCCAGACCGUGUCGACCGACUUCAGAUCGAACUGGAAGAGGCCAAAGACGAGCGACAAGGACAAGGACAUUUAGAUUGUCGUUUGACCUCAGACACCUCGGACACAGAGAUGGGGUCGGGCUCAGAAGCGGAAGGCUUGAUGAUGGAAUGUGGUCGCCGCGACUUUGAGCCGGUGGAGUGCAGGAUCGCCUGCCCAUGUUUGGAUUGGCCAUAUCACAAGAAGGUCUUUGGACUUGCAAUGCUUGGAUGGAUCGUUCUUUGGUGCAUUGCAGCUGUCUGUUUGUGGGAGUCCCAAUCGAAGAAGCAACUUCGCAUUGUCUACGAUGAGAGAUAUCUCAAUGGCCUACACGGAAGCAGCUGGAUGGAGGACCUAUUCUUGACGUACCCGCUGGGUACCAGACCAGAGGAGAUUAUCAACGCCACGGAUCCUCUGGACUACAAGGAAGGCCUACUCGCGAACAGGGCGCAUCGCGAGCGGAUCAUCAUGAAAGUGGUGACGAUGCCCUUUGACAUCGUCAAUCCUUUGCUGAUUUACACCGUAGGUCCGAUAUACCAGAACUACAACUACUACAUGAAGUCAGAAGUCUACGAAGAGCUCUACGGCCGGGAGGUACCUCCCGGAAAGCGGGAGUCUCGGUGUCCUGAACGUGUGAGAAUACGGGAUGGCAAAGAGUUGGUUCCUUGUGGGCUGAAGGCCCAGAGUCUCUUCAACGAUUCCUUUGAAGUGGAGAAUUUGCACAUCAACUCCGAAGACGUGGCAUGGCACAGCGAUGUUAGAAGAUAUGGCAACUCCUCGGACUAUCCAGCUCCGGAAAAAGAGUGGCUCUAUGAGGUUUUUCCUGAAACUGUCCCCGAGGCAAUGAAUGUGAAAGAUGGUGACUUUGUAAAUUGGAUGCGUCCAUCAGCAGUUCCAAGAGUCUGGAACAAGAUUGGCACCUUAGAUGACACCACCUUAAAGAAGGGCCAGGACUACACCUUCAGAAUUCAUUCCAGAUUCAAUGUCGACGAUAUACCUGGAGGAUUCAAAGCCCUUGUCGUCACCGAGUACAAUUGGUUUGGUGCACGCCAUGAUGGCUUUGCCAAUGCGAUGUUGCUACUUCACCGCGUUGGUCCAUUCGAAAAGUCGUGGUUGGUGGUGGUGAAUAAGCCUUAGUAAGCGGUCGAACUCAACAGGAGUUGGUUGAGUCCCCAUUGUAGUUGGUGGCUCAGUUCAGUCAUGAGAAAUCUCUCAGAUUCCUAAUUUUCUUCACUUUACAUUACCUCUCACGAAGUACCGAAAUGGGUUUGUUUGAAAAUCGGCUACUUCAGAAAUUGAUGAUUCAGUUUUGAAUUUUCAGACCGAACAUUCCAUAGAACUACCACUUUGCCAUGGCUGAUCCCAGAAACAGAUUUCAGAUUUUUUUUACAGUUUCAUAGACCUGCGUCGCACUGAGUAACCGAGUAACCACAUGAAAUAGCCCAGUUAUACAUGGGAUAUCCCCAGCGAUAUCCCAAGUGGCCAGGGUUGGCGGCUUCGUAUGUGCGGUGAUGGGUUUUCUGGUGCCAUGCUUGUAUUAUUGCAAUAAGGAAAGUUAAUGUUCAAUUAAAUCAAUUGAAAAUUCGAUUGAUUAAAA